AUUCUCGGAGUUUCUCCGUGACGAAAAGAGAUAUUCGUAAUUUUAAGUUGAAAUUAUCUCGAGGAAGUAUAUCAAUGAUAUGAUUCAAUGUUAAAGCAAUAAAAAAGAAAAAGUAAACUUCAUGACUAGAAAACUGAGAAGUGUAUUAACUAAAAAAAUGGUUACGAUAUCAUGGAGAAAUUCCCAUUAAAAGGUACAAUAUUGUCAAAUAAUACAAUUCCACAGAAUCAUCAACAUACUUUAACUACAUAUCAAUCAGUUGAUGCAAAGGUGGAAAAUUCAGAUGAUGUGUACUUUGUAGAGGAUGUACGAUCACGAAAUCGAAGUACUGAACGUGAUAAUAAUUUGAGCAGCGACGACGACAUGCUGGAAGUUAACAAUAUAGGUACUCAUCAAGGAGAGAACGCUGUUCUUUCCGAACAUUGUAUUCGUAUUGACGAUGCUUCCUCUCACAUUUCAGUUGAUUCCGAUGACAUACCUGGUAUUGGACAAUAUGAAGACUUUCACACCAUUGAUUGGCAGAGAGAUAUUGCCAGAGAUAGAAUGCGUCAUCGAUAUAUCGUGAAGAAAAAGCAUGAUUCCAUUUGGGGUUUAAUUAAAGGGGCCCAUGAUGCAUGGUCCGGAUGGUUAUGCGUUUUACUAGUCGGUCUCUGUACAGGAGUCGCAGCAGGUAUCAUUGAUAUAGGGGCUUCCUGGAUGACUGAUUUAAAAUUUGGCAUAUGCCCACAAGCAUUUUGGUUAGAUAAAGAACAAUGUUGUUGGAGUUACAACGAAACAACUUUUGAUGGUGGUAACUGUCCUCAGUGGUGGACAUGGCCAGAAGUAUUUAAUCAGUCAAAAGAUGGUGCAGGACCUUACAUGAUCUCGUAUAUGUUUUACAUAGCUUGGGCUCUUUUAUUUGCUUCUCUCUCUGCAUCGUUAGUAAGAAUGUUCGCCCCGUAUGCUUGUGGUUCUGGUAUCCCUGAGAUAAAAACUAUUCUAAGCGGAUUCAUUAUUCGCGGAUAUUUGGGAAAGUGGACGUUGAUAAUUAAAUCAGUAGGUUUAAUUCUAUCAGUCUCGGCAGGAUUGAAUUUGGGCAAGGAAGGACCGAUGGUUCAUAUUGCUUGUUGCAUAGGAAAUAUAUUUUCGUAUCUUUUUCCAAAAUACGGUAGAAACGAAGCGAAGAAAAGGGAGAUUUUAUCGGCAGCUGCUGCUGCGGGAGUUUCAGUUGCUUUUGGAGCUCCGAUCGGUGGUGUUCUUUUUAGUCUCGAAGAGGUCAGCUACUAUUUUCCUUUGAAAACAUUGUGGCGAUCAUUUUUUUGCGCCUUGAUAGCCGCAUUCAUUUUACGAUCGAUAAAUCCAUUUGGUAACGAACAUUCGGUGCUCUUUUACGUCGAAUACAAUAAACCUUGGAUAUUCUUUGAAUUAAUACCCUUCGUGAUGCUUGGAAUAAUUGGUGGAGUGAUAGCUACCUUGUUCAUAAAGGCGAAUUUAUUUUGGUGUCAAUAUCGUAAAACUUCAAAAUUGGGUCAAUAUCCGGUCACCGAAGUUUUGAUAGUGACUGUUGCAACUGCUGUUAUUGGAUAUCCAAAUCCGUAUACAAGAAUGAGUACAAGUCAGCUGAUUUAUUUGUUAUUCAGCCAAUGUGGAGUAUCAAACGCCGACAUUUUAUGUGAUUAUAAUAGAAAUUUCACUGCUGCACAAUCAGCAAUUGAAAUUGCAGCAGCUGGUCCUGGGGUCUACAAAGCGAUAUGGCUUCUGGUAUUGGCGUUGAUUCUAAAACUUGUUAUGACAAUAUUCACAUUUGGUAUGAAAGUACCUUGCGGAUUAUUUAUUCCCUCGCUUUGUUUGGGAGCAAUAAUGGGUCGUAUCGUUGGCAUCGGAAUGGAACAACUUGCGUACAAUUAUCCACAUAUUUGGAUGUUCAGCGAGGAAUGUUCGACCGGCGUUGAUUGUAUAACCCCGGGAUUGUACGCGAUGGUCGGUGCUGCAGCUGUGCUCGGCGGUGUUACUAGAAUGACUGUUUCUCUUGUUGUGAUAAUGUUUGAGUUAACCGGAGGUGUGCGGUAUAUCGUGCCUUUAAUGGCAGCCGCUAUGGCAAGUAAAUGGGUUGGCGAUGCUCUUGGAAAGCAAGGUAUUUACGAUGCUCACAUUGGUUUGAACGGGUAUCCGUUUCUUGACAGCAAAGACGAGUUUCAGCAUACUACUCUUGCGGCCGACGUGAUGCAACCCAAACGUAACGAAGCCCUUCACGUGCUUACUCAAGAUUCAAUGACGGUGGAAGAUGUGGAGAAUCUGUUAAAAGAGACGGAACACAACGGUUUCCCUGUGAUAGUAUCCAAGGAAUCACAAUACCUUGUUGGCUUUGUUUUACGAAGAGAUCUGAAUCUUGCGAUCGCAAAUGCUAAACGCAUGACGGAAGAGAUAACUGGACAAUCAUUAGUCAUAUUUACAAAUGGAAAUAAUAUUCAAAGUCAUUCCCCUCCGCCUCUUAAGUUAAAGAAAAUUCUUGAUAUGGCACCGAUAACCAUAACGGAUCAAACGCCAAUGGAAACCGUUGUUGAUAUGUUUAGAAAGCUAGGAUUAAGGCAAACACUUGUUACUCAUAAUGGUCGGCUGCUAGGAGUUAUCACGAAGAAGGACGUACUCAGACACGUGAAGCAACUUGACAACGAAGAUCCUAAUUCUGUAUUGUUUAAUUAAAAUGUAUAUAUGAAAAAUACGAUAUUUUAUAAUAUGCAGUAUCGAUCGAGGAAUUAGAUACAAUACGUUAAUAAUGAUUUUUGAUACGUUCAUUUAACUAUCAAAAAUUUAUUUUAAUUGAUAAAUAGAAUGGAAAACAAGAAUGGCUAUUAUAUUAUAUGCAGCAAAUUUCGGUCUUGAGAGAAAUAUUAUUUUACAUAAAACAAGAAAAAAAAAAUUAAAUUUGCUAUAAUUUCAUAUACAUUCAACUAACACUGCUAAUCAAUGUGACUUUUGUAAAAUACUGGAUCUUACUAAAUUAAUAUACAAAGUACAUAACUCAUACAAUAAUACUUUACUGUAUAGAUGAAGAACGAACCAAAAUUCUUAUACAUGUGUAUAAGAUAAGAUACAUACAUAUGUAUAAAACAUAUUACAUAGAGAACGCGUAGUAGAUUAUGUUAGAUAUGGCUAAAAUUGCCUUGCAGCAACCUUGAUGAUUAAAAGUUCGUUUUAAUUUUUAAACAUAUUUCAUAUCGAAAUG